AUGGCAUGAGGCACGUUUGGGCUGAGUGAGUCAAUCACCGGGGGAAGAGUUGGUAAAGGGAGGGGAGCUGGUCUGCCUGUAGGCGUGGGUUGCUCAGACCCGGUUACCAGGGAGCUUCAUCCUGGUCCUUUCUUUUCCGACAUCUCAUUGUGAUCACCGGCUCCAUUGUGACUCAGGUCUCCUCCCCUCCCUCAUUAGGGGAGUCUGAUUCCUAGUAUGUGGGGGCCAUGGGGCCCAGGUAGUCCUGGGACCCCAGGUCAUGGGUGAGCAAGUCUACCAUGGAGCCCAAGCAUGCUCUGGCACCAACCUCAGGAGAUGCCAGGAUUUAGGAGACUCCAUUCUUCUGAUUCUGGGCAGCUUCAUCUUGCUCAACGUGGGAAUCAAUGUGGUGACUCUGCUCUGGAAGCAUCUGAAGAACUCCCUGAGGAUUCUUUUCCAUCAUUUUUUCCCCAAAGACAAGCAACCUGCUGGUCUAAACAGCCGACCCACGUGCGUGCGCUGCACCGCAGAUCCCAAGAACUUGUGCUCAAGAAUGCCCUCCCGAUUUCAUCGCCACCCCAAUUUCCUACUCGGGCAUGUCAAUCACCUUGACUCUUGGAUACCAGACACAAAUGAUGAGAAUGUUUCUAGAUGCUGCUGGAUGCCUCCCCAAUGUGGACAUGGAAGAGCUCCCACAGAAGCUCCAUGGGAACUGUGGAACGAGGGACUGAGGGGGGCUGGGGAAGCCCCUCAGGCCACAGUCAUGAAGACUCAGGCUUCUUUAUUUUCCAGGCCAGAGAUUUCUCCCCAGACUCCAAAGAUAAGGAAGCUGAACAGGGUGCCACCUCCUUCACCCCAAGAGAACAAGACUAAGGCACCAGAUGACAGUCUACCCCAUGCUCCAGCCCAGGCUCAAACCUAUUCUUCAACCAACACUCAUGAGCUCCCCUCCACUCAGUCCCAGACUCAGACUUCAGAACCCACUCUCUCCAGGGCACAGGGUCUUGAGCACACCUCAGCCCAUACCCCACCAGUCCAUGCAGCAGAUUUUAUCUCAGCAUCUAUCCCAGCCCUCAAUGAAGCCCCAAUACCAGCCAAUGCUUCACUCCCAACCCCAUCCCAUAACCCAGCCCCCACCCAACCCUAUUCCCCAGGCCAGGCCCCAACCAACAUUCAAGCCCAUACCUUGGAUCAGACCCAGCCCCACGCCCUGCCCCCUGCCACACUCCAGGUACCAGUCCCAAACCAAACUCAGGGUUUAGCCCACAGCCCCGAGCAAACCUCAGCCCAUACAUCACCUCAACCCCCAACCCAGGCUCCUGUACAUGCUUGCUUCCAAUGCCAAGACCAUGAGCCAGCCCAAGCCUUAGUACACACCUUGACCCACCCCCACACAGAUGUCCCUGAGCAAACAGCAUCUCAAGCCUCAGCAUGCGCUCUGCCCUGUUCCCUGAUUCAUUCGCAAGUCCAUUCCCCAGGGCCUGGCCCAACCUCUGCCCCAGCCCCUGCCCUAGCACUAUCUAUGACCAUGGCUGCUACUCAGGCCUCUGCUCAAGUCCCUGUCACCACCUCUACCCCUACCCUACCUCCUAUUCCAUCUAUGCUGGCUACCUUUGGCCCCAGCUUCUCCACUGGCCACAUGGUCUAUGAUGCCCGCAGAGUAAAGCAGAAUCUCUCCCUUAAGCACAACUCCCAGAACUCGAGGUGUUUCAUGAAGGACUUGAACACCCUCUUCAGGCCCCAAGAGGUGAAGGGCCCGGUGAAUUCUGGUACUUCUGAACAAACACAAAAGCAGCAUGGUGGGAACAGUGUUGUGCCUCCUGCUGGGUCUAUACUUGGUUACCUGGGACUGGGGAACAUGGAAUGGAAGAAUCCAGACAAUGCCAAAGAUAAGUUCUCCCAGCCGAAGACCUUCCCUUACUGCAACUUUCAUCCUUGCUGUUCUGAUAGCAAAAACAAAGAAUCCCAGGCUCCGGUCUACCCCAAGUUCCUGCUCUACACCCAUGAUGCCACUCCCUCUAGACCUUGUUUUCACUCUCCAAGCACUGCUCAGAACGCAGUGCCCACCAUGCCCACACCGUGUACUCUUGCCCUGCCGCUUGUUUCUCCUAGAACAUUCGUUGUUCCUCAACCUAACCAUCAGAAGCCCUCCAACUUGACACGAACGCCCACCUUUCCCUCCACCUCCAAGUCUCCUCAGGCUGUCUCUUCCACUUACUACUCCAGCCCUUCUCAGUUCUCCACCAUGUCUCAGACCUCAAUCCAACCCCCAAACCCUGAGAGUCAAAACCUUAACCAAGACUUUAACCUUCAAAAGACCCCUUCACUUGCCAAGGAUUCCAGAGUUCCCAGGAACCCAGACCUUACCAAAGAUCCAGUUCUCCAGAAGAACCCAAGCCUUACCCAAGAUCCAGUUCUCCAGAAGAACCCAAGCCUUACCCAAGAUCCAGGAUUCCAGAAGAACCCAAGCCUUAUUAAAGAUCCAGGAUUCCAGAAGAUUCCAGGACUUGCCCCAAAUCCAGGCCUUUAUAAUAACCCACACCUUACCCCGAAUCCAAGUCUCCAUAAGAACUCAGGUUUCUACAAGUUUCCAGCCUGUAUUCAAAAUCCAUACAUCUUCAUGAAUCCAAACAUUUCCCAAGACUCUUGCCCUCAAAAGAACCUAGAUAUCACUCAAGAUUCCAGUCUAAGGAGUUCAGCUGCUAUCCGAGAUGCUGGUAUCCUUCGGAACAUGGGUUUUAUCCAACCUUCCAGGCUCCACAAGAAUGUAAUAUUCAAUCAAACAUCUGGCCAGAGGACUUUGAGCUUUAUGCAAGAUUCUGUGGUCUUCAGGAAUGUUGCAUUAAACCAAGAUACUGUAAUCAACAAAAAUAAAGAUCCCUCCCCAGUAACCAACCAAAAGAGGCCAGACCCCUCUCAAGAUUCUGGAGGUAACAAUGAUUCAAGAAAUGCACAGCAUCCAGGAGCCUGCAGGAAUGUAGGCCUUACUCAAGACUCUAGACCACAGAAGAGCCCGUGCCAUACCCAAGACUCUGAAAUUAACAAAACCUCCAGACUUGCCCAGAAACCUAGUUCUUCCCAGAGCCCAGGUCUUAUCCAAGACUCUUCUUUCCAUAAGAGCUCAGGUCUCACACAAGACUCAGGAGACUACAAGAAUUCAGGCUUCACCCAAGAUCCUGGAAUCUACAGAGUCCCAGAUCUAAACCAAAACACUGACUCCCACAAGAGUCCCUGUGUAAUCAAUGUCACCACAGCAGAAAAAAGAUCGGACCUUAACCAAGAUGUCGGCAUUUACAGUUCAGAGCACAGCCAAGAUCCUAACCUCCAGGAGUGCCCAACAAUUGAUCAAGAUUCUGGCUGUCAUCAGAACCCAGCACUUGGCCAAGGCUCUGGCUUUAAGACCCCAGGCCUUACUCAGGAAGCUGGCCCCCACAGGGACUCAGGCCUUACCCAGCAAGCUGGCCCCCACAGGGACUCAGGCCUUACCCAGCAAGCUGGCCUCAACAAAAAAACAAGCUUUGCUCCAGGUACUGCUUCUGCCCGAGUCAUAGGCCCGCUACAAACACUAAAGCUGACAUCUUCCCCAGUGAAAUCCUUUGUAUGUAAGAUGGACAAUACAGAGCCAGUCAACCAAAGCCCCUGCCCUUCCAAGGCCCAAGUGCUCUCCCCGGACCUGAAAAGUUUUUCAGAGGUACCUGUCCUAAUUGAACUACAGCCAUCCUCCCAGAGGUUAGCCAGCCAAGAAUGGGCAUACCACACUGUAAAUACAGCUGCUUCAUCCUGCCAGAAGUACCGCCAGAUGUCUGUGCCUCCCAAAAUCAGCUGGAGGCCCCGUUGCCCUGGAGCAAGCACCCGGACAGGUCAUGUGGUCUUCGAUUCCCGCCAGAAACACAUAGUAACUGGCAGGGAAAAGUGUGAAGCUUUGUCUCCCAGGCGCCCUCGUGAAGAAGUAUUGAGAAACUCAGAGGAGACCCAGAAGGAAUGGGGAUAUCAGAAUGUGAUGAGGACCUUGGAAAAAGAGGGAACAAAUGCUCAUCAGGAGUAGAGGCCAGAGAAGGACUUUGUGGUUGUUUGAGCUUCUCCGUCCCGGCGCUACCACGUAUAUUGACCAUCCUCAUUUUAGAGAGACACAGAAAUAACACGCCUCUAUUCUUCCUCCACAGCUCCGUAAUCUUCCAGGCUCGAGAGCUGUGUUUCAGGAAAACAGAUAGUAGCCACUAUUCAAAUGUGACUAUUAGGAUGUCAAUUAAAACUUAAAAUUCUCACCAAGCGUUGUGUUGCACACCUAUAAUCCCAGCACUUGGUGGGUGGAGGGUAGAAGCAUCAGGAGUUAAAAGGAAUCCUCGACUAUAUAAUGAAUUAAAGGAACCCUCGACUAUAUAAUGAAUUAAAGGAACCCUUGACUAUAUAAUGAA